AUGGCCACCACAUCAGGGACAGGCUCUCCUCCCGCGCCCAAGACCCAUGUCCCAACAGAUAACAUUACUCCCUGGCAGCGCAUGGUAUCUGCGACCGCCGGCAAUGUCUUAACCGGACUUCUAGUGACACCCUUGGAUGUCGUACGAGUCCGUUUACAGUCACAAUCCCAGGUCUACAACACCUCACCAUUUACCUCUCACACCACCCAAACCUUGAAAAACCUCCCUCCGAACCUCGGUAUCACCUCCUGCUGUCGCGAAGUAUUCUGGGUCGGAAACGAUGCCCAGAUGUGCAUGCUAGGGCCUCAGGUCACCGCGGUCGGAACCCAUCCUCACCCGGCGAUCGAUUGCGCGGUCGAAGAAACGCAGCGGCGAACAUUCACAUCAACUAUAGACGGACUACGGAAGAUCGCGCGCAAUGAAGGAACUUUGACACUGUGGCGCGGGUUGAGCCCGACCUUGAUGAUGGGAAUCCCGGCAAAUGUCAUCUACUUUGCUGGCUAUGACUGGCUGCGGACAGAUGAUCGGAGUCCCAUCAAGCAACGGGUGUCUGCGGGAUAUGCGCCCUUGAUAGCCGGGUCCUUGGCUCGCGUCGCGGCCGCAGCUGCAACCAGUCCGCUGGAGAUGUUUCGGACGCGUCUGCAGGCAAUUCCGGGGACGGGUGCGGGCCACUUCAAAGCCACUGUGCAGGAUUUGUACCAUAUGACGCAGGCAAAGGGAUACAGCUCGCUCUGGAGAGGAUUCACUCUUACUAUGUGGCGCGAUGUUCCUUUCUCCGGACUCUACUGGUGGGGAUACGAGGAGGUGAAGAAGGCACUGAUUGCGGCGCGCCAAAAAGCCCCUCAUCUCGCGGGUUCUGAUCACGAGCCUCAAGAGUCAAGUCUCCAAGCUUUCCUCGACAGCUUCAUCUCCGGUGGUGUUUCAGGGUCCUUAGCAGCACUUGUUACUACUCCGUUCGAUGUUGGUAAGACGCGACAGCAAGUUUUCCGACAUUUGGAUGAUGUUCCUCUCACUGGCACCGCCCCCCGCACGGCAUUACCCUCCGGCGUCUUGGCGCCAGAGCAACUAUCCUUGCCAAAAUUCCUCAUGCACAUCUUCCGUGAAGAAGGUACCGCCGGCCUAUUCCGUGGCUGGACGGCAAGAUGUCUAAAAGUUGCCCCGGCCUGCGCCAUCAUGAUCUCAACCUAUGAGCUUGGAAAGCGCAUGGCCCGAGAGGUCAACGAACGGCGACACCCUGACGCAUAA